GCCCGAUCAGCCCGAACCAGCGGCGGGAAACGGGAAUUCAUUGCUGCCGAAACGGCGGGAAACCAAGAAACCCUUCCCACUCCGUCCGACCGCCUUCCCUCCCUCCCCCCGCCGCCGCCACCUCCAUUGCCUCCGCAUUUCCCGACACGGUUAGGUUGCUCGGCACGGUUACGUUAAUCUUGCUGCGGAGGAGCUGUAACUGCAAAUGGGGGCCGCCGGUUCUUCUUCCAGAAUCGAAGACGACAAUCAUGACAUCUUCUAUAGAAAUACAUCAGAAGAAUCGGAAGGCAGUGAUUUCAAAUUCGACAAUCAAGACAGACCAAUUGAUAUGCUUUGUUUACCAACUACAGAACAAGCAAUGAAGAAAGAAGAAAAUUCAGAUAUAACCUACGAUGCAAAACAGAUGGAAAAGAGGAGAAGAAGGGCUAUUGAGUGUAUAGCUGCAUGGUUCAAUGAAGCCGGGAUUCCUUUUAAUACUGUUGGCCUAGAGAGUUUCGACUUAAUGUUGGAAGCAAUUGCACAGUGCGGUCCUGGUUUACGGGGACCCUCUCUGGAUAAGCUUGAUGAGCUAUUACUGCAGAGAGAAGUUUUAGCGAUCAAUGAUUCAAUUGAACCACUGAAGAAAUCUUGGGCGUCAGAAGGGUGCUCUAUUCUAGUUGAUACAGAAAUUGAUGAUGAUGGAAGGCGCAUGUUGAACUUGGCGGUCCAUUGUUCGCAGGGUGUGUCUUUCCUUCGUUCUGUUCAAUUAUCUUCAGACAUCUGCGAUGACGCAUUUGUUUGUCAACUAGUUGACUCUUGUAUUGAAGAAGUGGGACAGCAAAAUGUGGUGCAGGUCAUCACAAACAAUAACUUAGAAAUGAUUGCGGUAAAAAUGCUUACUGCAAAGAGACCCAACAUAUUUUGGACUUACUGCGCUGCAAGUUGCAUUGACAUGAUGCUUGAAGACAUAGGGCAUAUUCCUCUAAUCAAGAAUACAAUUGCUAAGGCAAGGUCACUCACUGCUUUUAUUUAUGGACACACAAAUUUGUUGGACAUGAUGCGCCAGUUCACCAACCAGCGGGAUUUGGUUCAUGUUGGAAUCACUUAUUACACCACUUGCUGCUUGAACUUGAAGAGCCUUUAUGAUAAGAGGAUUGAGAUGAAGACUAUGUUUAUUUCUAAAGAAUGGGAGGACAGCAAGUGGUCGAAGGUACCAGUGGGCAAGAAAUUCUACAAUCUAGUAGUGAGCAGCGAUUUUUGGGAUAGGGUGCUAUAUGUUAUAAACAGUUUUGAGCCACUAGUGGAGGUUCUGAGGAGGAUGGGCAGUGGCAGACCCUCUAUGGGAUACAUAUAUGGCGAACUUGCAAAUGCUAAAAGGGAAAUUGCCUUCCGCUUUGAAAAUAAGGAAGAGCAUUACUUGCCAAUAUGGGACCAUAUAGAUUUUAGAAUAGAUCAUUACAUGAAGAAGCCAUUGCACUUGGCUGGUUACUAUUUGAAUCCCUUGUUCUACUACCAAAACAGAAAUGACAUUGAAAAGACUGAAAUCUUCAGAGAUGCACUUGUUGAGUGUAUGCGUAACCUGUACCAAGAUCAGCCUACGCAAGAGAAAAUUGUGCAUCAAUUGAAGCUUUACAGGACCGCUUCACAGAGUUUCGGAACCACUCACGCCAUUCGUAGUCAAAUGAAUCUUGAUCCAGUUUCCUGGUGGGAAUUACAUGGCGGUGCAGCGAAGGAGUUGAGCACAAUGGCACUGAGGAUAUUAAGGUUAACUUGUGGCUCAUUGGCCUACGAGCAAAGUUGGAUUGAAAUGAUCCAUAAAAAGAAACCAUCUUGGGUUCAACAUAAGAAAUUCGAGGAUUCAAUGUUUGUGACAGUCAACAGAAGGAUACAAGGGAAAGCCCAAAUGAGAGACAGAGAUCCUUUACUUGCAUACCUUCCCGGUGAAGAUGAACCAUUUGAAUGGCUGGUUGGCAUGUUUCGCUUCUAUGCCCAACUACCUCAGUAUAGGGGUAUCCUUAUGGCACGAGCAAACAGCAGCGAUGUAGCAGGACUAUCAAAGCUAGCGAAUAUACUAUUGGAUGAUGCAGAGUUUAUGACAUCUGAAGAAGGGUGCGAGGAAAGUGAUGAAGAACUACCAAGGCACUCCAACAAAAAGAAGACAUCGUCUGGCGCUUCAUGCUCAAAGCGAGCGAACUGGAUGUUCUGGCUGUUGAACGCUUCAUAUAUGGACUACGACUACCAUGACACCUUUGGGAACGCAUCAAAAGAAUCUAAAGAAAAUGAUUUCAAAUCCGAGAAUCAGGACAGUGAAGGACCGAUUGAUAUUCCCUCUGUGCCAACUACAGAACAAAAUGUGAAGAAAAGAGAAGAUGCACAAACUAAUGCAAAAUGGAUGGAAAAGAGGAAGAAAAGGGUUCUUGAAUGA